CUUUACUGUCAAGCGCGGCAGUGAUUCGUUAAUUUCGCGGAGUUUCCAUCACGUGGCCAAUGACAUAUCAAGUACAUCUUUACUAUGCGCAACAACAAACAUAUUAAGAUCAGUGGUCCUCGGUGGAGGACAGUCUUGUCUUCGGCUUUAUACGAUGGCCACCUCAGAACCACUUGCGACAAUUUGCAACGAUACUGUCUUCUGGAACACUUCUUUGACAUGGGGAACUGCAUCAUGGCCACAGUUUACCCAGUGCUUCCAGAAUACCAUACUUAUGUGGAUACCAUGCUUCUGGCUCUGGCUGUGCUUACCGUUAUAUCUGUUUUACAUUUACAAAUCCAGCAGCAGUUCAAUUCCAUAUACAUUCUUGAAUAUAGCCAAAAUGACAUUCCUAGUUUUUCUAAUCACCUUCGAUAUAGUCAAUAUGAGUACUGUACUUGACAAUGACCAAAUGGAAACCCUCUUGGAUAUAAAAGCCUUACUGAUCGGAUAUGGACUAAGAAUAGCAACAUUUAUUUUGUCACUGGUUCUGGUGUGGAUAGAGAAGAAAUCUGGUUUUUUAACAUCUGGUGUACAAUUCAUCUUUUGGUUGUUGUCUCUCCUUUGUCAAAUCAUUCCAUUUUAUAGCCAAAUUAUUCUGAAGGAUUACAACACAAAUUUAUUUAGGUUUAUCAUGAUGUGCCUCACUUUUGGACUGACAGCAUUGGAAUUGAUUUUGUUUUGCUUUGCUGAAAAGUUUUCAUACGAUAGCCGAGGUUACUAUGAAUUACAUUCCAAUGAAGAUCUUUCUGCUAACCCCUGUCCUGAAGAUACAAGUUCCUUUAUAAAUAAGAUGUCAUUCCAUUGGUUAACAAGAUUGAUCAUAGAUGGUUACAAAAAGAGUCUUGAAGAAUCCGAUUUGUGGGAUCUACCUAAACAUUUACAAUAUAGUCGAAGUGUUCCGGAAUUCAAACGUUAUUGGGCCAAAGAAUUAUCAAAGCAAAAAAUAGAAUCUUGCCGUGUUGAGCCUGUAUCGGAGCCUGAUUCGGAGACCACUCCACUUCUUCGCAACACAGAAGAUACAACAUUCACAGAUCCUCAACCAAAGAAAGGCUCGACCAAACCUUCUUUGUUGCGGACAUUAUUUGCUGUGAACUGGUUCUAUUUUGUCAUUUCUCAGCUAGUCAAACUCUUGUAUGAUUUACUACAGUUCGUCAGUCCACAAAUUCUCAGUGCAUUGAUUGCUCACACUGAAACCCCUAAUGAACCAGAAUGGAAAGGCUAUGUUCUUGUUCUUGUACUGUUUGCCUCAAAUUUACUGCAGUCUUUCUUCUAUCACCAACAUUUCCAAAUGACUCUUUAUUUAGGAGUAAAGAUCAAAUCCUCGCUGAUCGAUUGUGUGUAUCGAAAGGCUUUGAUGAUUAAUGCAGAAGCUCGUUCCCGAUCUACUGUUGGUGAGAUUGUCAACCUGAUGGCCAUUGACUGCGAACGUAUUGAUAACUGCAUCUCCUAUUUGUACUUGGUAUGGUCAGGUCCGUUGCAAAUAAUUCUUUGUACUUAUUUGUUGUGGCAGCAAGUUGGCAUUGCCACGUUGGCAGGACUUGCAGUGAUGUUACUUCUCAUACCCAUCAAUGUGUUCACAACAUCGAAGUCUCGUAAAUACCAGAUCAGACAGAUGCUGCUCAAAGACUCUAGGCUGCGCCUCAUGAAUGAAGUUCUCUCUGGAAUAAAAAUUCUUAAACUCUAUGCCUGGGAAGGAUCUCUCGAGAAAAAAAUUCUUAAGAUCAGGCAUCAAGAACUGGCAGUCCUUCGAAAAGCUGCAUACCUUAAUGCCUUUUCUACUUUCUGCUGGCUUUGUGCUCCAUUUCUCGUAACGGUUGCCACCUUUGCUACUUACGUCCUUCAUAAAGACGAUCAUUACAUCGAUGCACAGACUGCCUUUGUGUCUCUCUCACUUUUCAACAUCCUGCGGCUGCCAAUUAAUCUGCUUCCAAUGGCAAUUCCUUUUCUUGUCCAGGCUCAUGUUGCAGUGACACGUUUAUCAAAAUUCCUUACUUCUGAUGAAAUAAACUCUGACAACGUGAAUAAAUUUCACUCUGAUGAAAAUGCUGUGAGAAUUACCAUGGCAGACUUUUCCUGGUCAAAAUCAUCUGGACCUCUUUUGAAGAAUAUUAACUUACAGUUUCCACUGAACAAACUAAUUGCUGUUGUUGGUCAAGUUGGUGCUGGAAAAUCUUCUCUGGUUUCUGCCAUUUUGGGAGAAAUGGAAAAACUCCAAGGAGAAGUUGAAGUACAGGGUUCCGUGGCUUAUGUCCCCCAGGAGGCAUGGAUUCAGAACAAAACUGUCAGAGAUAAUAUUCUGUUCGGAAAAUCAUAUGACAGGAAAUGGUAUGAGCAAGUGAUUGAAGCUUGUGCAUUGAAAUUGGAUUUUGCAACAUUAAUUGAUGGAGACAGAACAGAAAUUGGAGAAAAAGGUAUCAAUCUAAGUGGUGGACAGAAGCAGCGGAUCAGCCUUGCUCGGGCUGUGUACGCUAACAAAGACCUUUACAUCUUAGAUGAUCCUCUCAGCGCAGUCGAUGCCCAUGUUGGCAAACACAUAUUUAACAUGGUUUUAAGUGAGACCGGAUUAUUAAAAAACAAGACCCGUAUAUUUGUGACACACGGUAUCCAUUGGUUACCAAAAGUCGACAAAGUGAUUGUGAUGUCUGACGGAAGUGUAUCUGAAGAGGGCAGCUACGAUGAGUUAAUUAGUCACAAUGGUGCAUUUGCUCAAUUUUUGUUGACCUAUCUAAACGAGGCUGAAGAUUCAGAUCCUGAGAUAAAUGAAGUAAAAUCGAAAAUAUUGCAACGAGCUGCUUCAUUUGUCUCAAGCUGCUCAGAUGGUGAAGUCAAUGAAAAUAUUAAAAGCAUUUCAAAGAGAAAGGACAGUAAGGUAUCAACUACCAGGAGAAGAGCUAGUUCAGUCUCGAAACGAUCUCAGAGUAUUUCUUAUGAUGGACACGAUCAAGAUGUGGCUGUUACUAAGUUGAUUCAAGAAGAGAAAAUGGAAAAAGGCACUGUUAAAAUAGCUGUGUUCCUCAAGUAUGCCAGAGCCCUUGGUCUUUGUCUUUUCACCUGGGUUUUUAUACUGAUGAUCUUGAAUCAAGGGUCGCUUAUGUUUGCCAAUAUUUGGUUGAGCCAAUGGACAGAUGACCCCUACCUCAAAAACCUCAACAACACAAGAAACCCAGAAUACAAUACAAAGAACUACAUAUAUUUAUCAGUAUAUGGUGCAGUGGGCAUUAUACAAGGUAUAAAUGUUUUGGUCUAUGCUCUAAUGUAUGCAAUGGGCACCAUCAAAGCGGCAGCAUCUAUGCAUUUUAGACUUCUGGACAACAUCAUCCAUUGCCCAAUGUCAUUCUUUGACACAACACCAAUUGGUCGCAUAAUAAAUCGCUUUUCCCGAGACAUAGAUGUUGUCGACAAUACACUUGCUUUCAUCAUUCGAAGAUGGCUCCAGAUAGUGCUGCAAAGUAUCGGCACCAUCAUCAUUAUUGGUUACAGUACUCCGGAUUUUUUGGUCGUUGUUCUUCCUAUAAUGCUUGUCUAUUACAUCAUACAGACAGUUUAUAUCCCUUCAUCUCGGCAGCUGAAGAGACUAGAAUCGACAACAAAGUCCCCGAUUUAUACUCACUUCAGCGAAUCCAUUUCUGGUUCCAGUAUGAUCCGAGCCUUUAACAUCGAGCAAGAUUUUAUAGAAGAGUCUCGCACUUUAGUCGACAAAAACCUUGUAUUCGUUUAUGUCAACAAAAGUUCAAACAGAUGGUUAGGAAUUCGGCUUGAAUUGGUUGGAAAUCUGAUAAUUAUAGCAGCUUCGUUAUUUUCCAUUCUCGGAUCAGAUAUAACUGGGGGCCUUGUUGGUCUUUCCAUUUCUUAUGCACUCCAGGUAAGCAAAACGUUUCUUUAUAUAGUUAGCCGGUGGGGAGUGUAGCUAUGGUUUAUCCAAAAAAAAUACUUUCAAACUCUCAGAAACAGAAUUAUAGUAGGGUGUAUUUAAUUUGUGUUGCACUCACAAUCACUAGGUGUCACAGACAGGGACUGGACAUAAAACCAUGUGGUUGAGGUGCAAACUUCUUGACCACCAAGCCACCCCUGUAUUGUUGCAUUGAAAUCUAUCUUCAUUGAUGAGACUAGAGAAGGUUGAAAUCACGUGGUCUGGUGGUCUCAGUACUGGAGGUGGCAGGGAUUUAUCUCUCCCUGCUAGUAAUAUAAACAAGAGUGCAUUUUGCACC